CCAACUUUACCAAACGUUACUUCUCUUCCCAGCACUCCCCGCGCAAACUUCUCGCGUACUUGUUCAUCGGCGGCAAAAUUGACAAGCACCAGAGCUCCGCCCAGCAACCAGGAAUCAGCGACCAUCAAUCCUCCUCUGAAGGUCACAGUUUUCUUUCCUCCACACAGCCGUUUCGAAUUCCGUUUCCUGUCCCACCAUCAAGAAUCCUCUUCGAAUUCGUCUCCAAUCGGCAAGGGCGACGCCUUGAUACGUUGAAAGAUCGAUAACUUGUGCAUUUGCUGUUUCAAUCAAAUAAGCAAUGCAGCUGGCAGAAUCGGGUAUGUCUACCUCUGGUUUAUAGCAUUGCUGGGAAUUAAUUCAAGGCUAGUAAGUCAAGCUAGACUAUCAUCCAGUCUCAAUACCACAUAUAAAACCACACAAAGCUUAAUUGUAAAGAAUGUUGCUUUUGAUUUUGUUCACUGGUAAUUUUAUAUUGAUUUUCUGCUGAAAUUCCAGCUUUCCUCUUUGUACUUAUAUUGUCCUGGCCUUAAUGUAUAUAUUUACUAAUUCAGGUCAUUCAUUUUGCAGUUUAUUAUUGGAAAUGGACAAAAGUUGGUUGUCGAAAGCACGAGUGAGUACCGCCUAUCGUAAUGGGGUAGAGAGUUUUCUGAACUUUGCAUUUGCUAAAUCGGCUGAGGGAAAUGAGAUUUUGUGUCCCUGUGUGAAGUGCAAGAAUAUGUUUUGGCAAACCAGAAAUGUCGUCAAUGAACACCUGAUUUGUCAUGGAUUUGUGAAGAAGUACUCUAUUUGGACUUUCAACAAAAUAGCUUACCAAGUUCAAAGCACAAAAGAGACUAACAUGCAAAGAACAAAACUCUUGAACAAAACCCAUAAAGCAAUCUAUAUGUCGGUUUUGGGACGCCAUGAGUCAGGCAAUCCACAGAAGGCGAAGACGACUCGAAAAGAAACUAGGAAAAGAAACUGCAAAAAGAGCUUACCUGAUUUGAGUCAGCGGCAGAGGCAAAUACGACUCGAACGAUGGGGAUCAGAAAGCUAUUGCGUGAGAUGCUAGAAUAUCAGCAAAUUUAUUUAUAGUUCUUUAUUCCCAUUAUUUUUGCUGAUUUUGGCGCCAACCAUUGGCGCCAGCAACCUUCCAUCACUUUGAGCCGGCAGCAGUCGAGCAGGAUAGAAGUAAUUAGGCGAGGCGGAUAAUGGAGAGGACAUUACACCUAAAACCUGAUUUGGUUCACCCGCCCAAUAUUCUUAUGAUUAUCCCCGCCUUCUUCUCGAUUCAUGCCUGGAUU